GGGAGCAGCAAGCGUUUUACUUUAUUAAUUGUAUUUUAUUCAGAUAAAAUAUUUAAAACAAAAGGAAAUCGCAAACGUUUAUACCCCAAUACGCUGGAUGAGCAAAAUGCAACUUUUUGUAUUUGCUAAAAUGUCCAAAUACUCAGGUAAAAAAUGUCGCUUACUUUCCAUGAUGCUGUUGACCGGUUUUUUCUUCUUUGUGGAAAUCGUUGUCGGCUAUGUAACAAAUUCCAUGUCUUUGGUAGCUGACAGCUUUCAUAUGCUGGGCGAUAUAGCUGCGCUCGUCAUAUCCUUUCUAUCAGUUAAAGUAAGAUAUGGAAAUCAAUAAUUUCAAUAUAAUUCAUUGACAAAUCACUUAUUAUUAUUUAGUAGUAAACGCAUUGUAAUGGACUAUAGCCUACCAUCCAUCGUUAAAUACCACUUCGGAGGUAAUCAAAAUGUAAAAAACAUUGUAAACAUGGGAUGAACAGACGAACAGACGAAACUUAAAACGAUUCAGAAAGUGAUUCAGCAAUUCAGCGAUUCGAUUGUUAUAACAGAAGGGUGGUGGGCGGUCCUAGCUUGAGUCACUCUAAGUGUUGUAUACAUGCACAAACUUAAUAUAUACUUGUACUGCAUAUGCAUAUGGUGUAGGGUAUAAACACUUCAUAAG